UUCAGCCCGCGUCCUGGACCUCGCUUUGGCUGGGUGUGUGAGGCAGAUGUUGUCCAGAGAUCCCCAGAAGCGGGAAGGGUGUGCUGGGACACACCCAUGCUUUAUUCUGGAUGUUCUCUUUCUGCUCUGGAGCCUUAGUUUCUGAAGACGCGAGGUGGGAUGGAGAGGCUUCGGUUACCGUGGCAACUGCGUGCACAACGGCGUGUGUCUUUGGGGAUCCCGGAAAGGAGCGUUUGAGUUCAGGCUCCUCAGAGUACAAAGGAAGCGAGAUCUGAGGGUACCAGUGAGGAAGUCUAUGCCGAAAUCAAGGCACAGUGUGGUGUCCUGAGCUGAUGUACUGCUGUCGGGGUGCAGAGAGGGCCGAAAGCUGGAGACCCUCCGGGAGCUGAUAUGAGUGAUUUCAGUGAAGAGUUAGCAAGGCCUGGGUCAGAAGAUGGCCAAGUGGAAACAUCUGUGGUCUCUGGUACAGGAAUGCACUUUCCGUGGCUUUGGAAGCAUCUAGAUACCGUCGCAACCAGAGGGAAGAAGAAAAAAGACUUCGCUCAGACCACGGGUGCCUGCUUAAGCCUCAUCCAGGAGGCGCUGCUGAAGCAGCGGUGGCAGCAGGCCGCCGAGUACAUGCACAGCUACCUGCAGACCCUGGAGGACUCGGACAGCAACAAGAAGCAGAUGGCGCCCGAGAUUAUAUGGAAGCUUGGAAGCGAAAUUCUCUUUUACCACCCUAAAAGCAGCGUGAAGACUUUCAGUGCCUUUGCGGACCAGAUGAAAAACGUUGGCGUCCUGAAUUAUUUGAAGAUCUCCCUGCAGCACGCGCUCUACCUGAUUCACCACGGGAUGCUGGAGGACGCCCACAGGAACCUCAGUCAGGCGGAGACGUGGCGGUACGGGGAGAAGUCGUCCUCCCAGGAAACCCUCAUCAACCUCGUGCAGGCCUAUAAAGGGCUUUUGGAAUACUACAGUUGGUCUAAAAAGAAGAUGGAGUUGUCACAGUGUGAUAAGGAUGAUUAUGCUUAUAGCACAGAAGCCCGAAAUACAUUCCGCCACAGCUGGAAGACAUCUGUAAAUUUUAGUUCACUGAUUAAAACUCCUGGCGUUUGGGACCCUUUUGUGAAGAGUUACGUAGAGAUGCUGGAAUUCCAUGGUGACCGAGACGGGGCCCGCAAGGUCCUCACCAAUUACGCGUAUGACAAAAAGUUCCCGUCAAACCCAAAUGCCCACAUCUACCUCUACAGCUUCCUCAAGAGAGUGCGGGCACCGAGGGCCGAGCUGCUCAGAGCCCUGCAGAUUUUGUAUCAGAUUGUACCGUCUCAUAAACUGAUGCUAGAAUUCCACACGUUACUGAGAAGAUCAGACAGAGAGGAGCACCGUAAGCUCGGGCUAGGAGUGCUAUUUGGACUUCUGGAUUUUGCUGGAUGCACUAAGAAUAUAACUGCUUGGAAGUACCUGGCAAGCUACCUGAGACAGAUUUUAAUGCAGAAUCAUCUUGGAUGGGUCCAGGAAGAGUGGAAGUCGAGGAGAAACUGGUGGCCAACCUUCCACUUCAGCUACUUUUGGGCAAAAAGUGAUUGGAAGGAAGAUAAAGACUUGGCUUACGAGAAAGCAUUUGUAGCUGGAAUGCUGUUAGGAAAAGGUUGUAGGUAUUUUCGAUACAUUUUAAAGCAAGAUCAUCAAGACCUAUGGAAGAAAAUCAAGCGGAUGAAGAAAUCAGUGAAAAAAUACAGCAUUGUGAAACCAGCCGCAUGACAUUAAAUUCCAGUCAUUUCUCAGUUACAGCCAGAGUGGCAGCUCAGUACUUACUAAAUGUAUUUAUUUGAUGUUUUGAGAAAGUAGUUUAUAUAACUAUAAACGUUAUUUUUAUACUUUUUGUAUUUCAUUUUGUUGUCAGUUAUAGCUGACGAAAAACUCACUGCCCUUGCUCUUUGUAAACGGAUGCAUAUUUUCUCUGUUUUGUGAUGUUGAAUGCACUAUUUUUAAAGGAAUGAUUCCCCAGAUGGAAAGAACACUUGUUGAAUUAGAGCUGUACAGCCAUUGUUGUUGCGGAUACCUGGCUUCAUGCUCUUGUGUAAUAAACAUGUAGUCGGUGCUGGCCGGAA